AUGUCCUUCAACAAAUAUUUAAAAAUAAUAAUUUUAAUUUUUGCCUCAAUUGUUGCCCUCAGUGUAGCAACAUUUUCUCCAGCGCCUAAUAUUAAUGAAUGCAAUAUCGAAAUAAUUUUGGAGUGUGUCCCUUCCUUGGAUGUUUCUGCUGAUGUUGAUUUGGGUAUUACUGACAUUUCAGCUGAACUUGGCACCAAAUCCUCUGAACUUGUCUCAGCGGAAGUCAACGUUGGCUCUGUUGUGAAUGUCUCCGCUGAACUUCUUUCAAAAUCAUCUGAACUUCUUUCAGCUGAAGUUAACGUUGGUUCUGUUGCAAAUAUUUCUGUUGAAAUUGGCUCUAAUUCCAAUCAAAAUUCUUCUGAAAAUAAAUCCAAAAAAUCUUCUGAGAAUGAAUUAUUAUCUGUUGAAGGAAAAUUAAAAUCGUCAGAAGCAGAAUUAUCAGUUGAAUUACUAAACUUAAAAUCUGCAGAAGCCUCAAACGAAUUUUUGUUAUGCAAAAAGCUAAAGCACAAAAAAGGCAAACAUCCCCACCAUCAUCAUAACCACAAAGGAACUAAAAAACCGAAAAAACCAAAGAAAGGCAAAACUACAACUGCUAAACCAAAAAAGCACACAUCAGUUACCAAAAAUCCUCGUCCUUGCCGUGCUAUUCUAAUAUUAGAGCUUAUAAGAAUUAAAAUUUUGCGUUUGAAUAUUCACCAACAGGUACUUUUCAUAGCCUUUAAAAAAAUAUUUUUAAAAUUUUUUUAA